AUGAAAGAGGCUAAGUUGAAGAUAAACGCGGAAAGAAUAGUGCAGUCGUGCAGAAUUGCUAGCAGAAUUUACGAUAUGAGCUAUAUGUCCAGCGAUAGAGUAAAAUAUCACACUCUACUGAAAGCCAUACUUGAGAAAAACCUGGAAAUAGAAAGCGAGCACCUUAGCAAAAAAGAAAAACAGGAGGUUUUGAGCAUGAUUGAGAACAACAUAUGCCAAUACCUCCUAUUCACCCGUUUUGGAUGUAGUAGCGUAGAAAAAUUGCACGAAGUACUGGAGAGCAAAAAUGACAAAAUGAUUGAGGCGCAUGCUAUUUGUUUAGCUAACGAAAUUAUACAGCCAAAUUUGCAAAUAUACAGCCCAGGCCACGGAAUACAUAGACAGACAGGCGAAGGUGAAAAAGUAGAGCUUAUAAAAUUCGGUGGAGGAGACCUAAGAACUAGAACAUGCACGCUGCAGAUUGACGACACAAAGUUCUCAGGCUUGGAAAAUGCAGCUCGGUUUGCAUCGGAGAGUCUGGAUAGAGAGCUUUUCUUUAAUUUCUCUAUUUCAAUGCAGAUGAUGGGUAUAGAAAUUUUGAAAAAUCACAUGCCCGUAGAAACACCCUACACUUUGGACCAGCUGUACAGCGAUAGACAUGAAAAUACAGACGUGCUGUUGAUAGACCAUGGCCUGAGGCUCAUUCGCGACAAAUACGCUGCCAUUGAACAUCUAGUUGAUCUGGUUAAGCGAAUCGAAAAAAUGCCUAACUGCGACACAAAGAAUUUGCAAAGAGAAAUUACCAGUGUGCUCAAAAAAGAAGAGCUAAAACUCGUCAUCUCUAUUACUGAGAAUCUAGGGGCGAUUAGAUACGAGAAAAGAGUGCAGGACUCCAUGCUUAAAGCGAUAGAAUACAUGGUGGAUAACACUGAGCUCUUCAAAGGAAAGGAUAGGUCCAGCGCUCUGAGAAUAAACGCUGAUCUAAGCGAUUUCAACAGCAAAUACGUAACCAGCCAAAAAGGCUUGGAAGAAACAGUAAUGAAGAAGAGAAAAGAGCUUACGAAAGAAAGUAGAAAGAAUUUCGACUCCAUCGGUCUAAAAAACGCAGAAUACAGCGAGCAGAAAGAAAGAUUUGAAAAGCUGGGAGCCAUAAACGAGUCCAACUUUCUAGAGUACCAGCGACUAAAAAAAGAGAUGAAAAGACUGGAAUGUGAGAUUGACAGUAUAAAAAAUAAUGGGGAGUUUGUAAUGAGCGCGGUAAUAAGAGAGAAUGUUUAUUCAAAUCUCAUAAGUACACUCCUGUCUAACUCAGAGAUACUGCCUAGGAUAAUCUCUGUUCAGAAGCAAUACAUAAUCAAAAAGAUAGAAGAGCUUGGAAAAGCAAAGGGCAUGAAAGUAGAAGUGGCCUCAGGAGAAGUAAAGAAGCCUGAAGAACACCAAGUGCUGGAAGUAGAAGCCCCUAAAGAAAGAAGCCCCCUCCCGACAAAACUCACCAGAGAAAAUCUGUUCAAAACGUUCCUGUCUUGUGCUGCUGUCAUGAAAAUAGCAACAACUUUGCUCGCUCCCACUGCAAUUGAAGCAAUGAGCCCUGCUGACGUUGACAACAUACUGAACUGUGAAGACCAGCCGUGCUAUGAACAGCCGCCAAUCAAAAAACACAGAGAAAUGUGA